GCCAAGGGUUAACAGUAACAGAACAGUUGUUUAUUCUGGAUUUAAAAAAAAAAUCAGUCGAUCAGUAAAAUCUGAGGAACAACAAAGCACUUGCAGAACAAACAUGCUACCUAUAGUUCCAGAGAAAACAAGGGAUUAUGAAAUGUCUCAGAAGACAAAGCCAGCCAGCAAUCACUUUACGAAAGUAAAUAAAGGCACCACAUUUGGCACGUUUACAAUGCAGCCCAGAACUACCAGCUCUAAAUGUCGCCACUGUCUACUUUCUAUGACCUCACACAGCUUCAACUACUCAGUUAUAACUAGCGAUUUCCCCUUUCUGAUUUAUAAAGAGCCGGAUAUAAAACAGUUAAGCCUCGGGUCUGUUCCCCAGCUUAUCGCAUGCCGCUUUAGUAAGCCUCAGCCAAUCAGGGUCCACCGAGUAUUAGCCUCACUGCCAACCAGAACCGAGAUCUGCGCUAGACUUCUCCCCCUCGUUCUGAAUUAUAUCCAAUCAGCUUCCGGUGUGCUGACACUUCCUGCUGCUGGUAGCUACAGAAAGUUACUUAUUUAAAUAAGUUUUCCCCCCUAUAUCUGGUAAUAUACGGAACCUUUAAGGAAACAGACUGUGGGCAUUAUAGGAGAUUUCCGUUUUAACAGGUGACAUCCCGUUCAUGUAUAUGAGUGAGGCAGCUUUCUAUGGGGUUUUCUGUACGAGGCGUGAGACUUCCUGCUAUAUCAAAACCCCUUGACUUUUUUUUCCAGCUUAAUUAUACAGUUGUAAAUUCUCAUAGUCCGUUGUGUAAACUGUAUAUAUAUAUAUAUAUAAAUAUAUUCACUAUCAUCAUCAUUAAGUAUUUAGCUUAUAUAUAAAUAUAAUACAAGCACUGACAGAGCCUGAAGCUCCUCUGAUUAAAAGCAUAUCACCUUGUUUAGUCUUGGAAUGACACACAAUACCUGCAUCUGCAAAACCUUUUGCAGGUAAUACAGGUAUUUACUGUAUUAGCAGAUAGUGGUACCUACCAAUGCCACAAUGUCUGCAUUGACACCAGUGCAGAUUAAAGAGGCAAAUGCCCACCUGGCUGCACUUCACCACAGAGUUGCAGAGCUGGAAAGUACAGUGAGGGAGCAAGCAGAGAGUCUAAUCCGCAAAGAUGAACAGUACCGAGCAGCUGUCCGAGAAAUCGCAGACAGCAGAGACAGGGAAAUCUUUGAACUCCAAAAGAGAUUGACACAAUCUGAGGAAGUGGAACAAAGGUUGAUUGCCUCCAUCAAGGAAAAAGACAUUGAGCUUGAUCGACUCAGACAUCACAGCCACCUGCUGGCUCAGAUGUGUCGUAGUAGGCCAGUCUUAGAUGCCUUGGUCUCUGUGAUGGUGGAGGCUGAGGGAGUUACUUCUCUUCCUACAUCUGAAGAAUGUAAUGGCCUGCCAAAAGUCCCUGAUUACCCACAAAGUGAAGAUGACCUUGACUCAGAUAUAGAAAAAACUCUGUUUGGUACAACUGUUUGAUGCAUUCAUUCCUAUCUUUAUUAUACUUGCAACACUUGCUGCUGUUGUGGAUAGUUUCUUCUUAAUCACAAAUCCUGUUCGAGAAUCCUAAGUGGAAGUUGAUCUCUUUCGGUACAUUCAUUAUAAUGAAAUAAUCUUAUGUGCUAUGAUUUUUUUUAUUUCUGAUAUAUUUUCUAUAUUUAGAAUGUGGACGUUACAGCAUAUGUUUGUAUACUCUAUUCCUUUCUUUUAUAGCAAUAUUGAGCACUUUUGAGAUGAACUUGACUUCUCAGGGAUGUAGCAUAUCAGUGUCUCAUUCAGAUGCUUUAUCAAUCCCCUUUCACAUAAAAAGAAGAAUGACUUUUAACUUAUGAGUUGUCAAGGUUUACACUUACAAUAAAGGGUUCUAUCAGAUAAAAUACACUUAUAUCAAUGGAGUAACUAGAUGUUACUGGACCCACCCACACAGCAAAUUCUUUAAGGUUACCACCAGAUUCAGACAUUAACAAUAUAUUUUAAUUCCUCACUUCCCUCAUUCCAUUUACUUAUUUCCUCCCUCAAAAUGGCAUAACUAGUAAUUAAUAGGUCCUACAGAAAAACCUGUUGCAUUUUCUGACAUACAAAUUGGCAUUUUGUCAGGUCAUCUAGAAACUAAGGAAACACUAUGCAAUAUGAAAAGCUUUAAUUGACAAAAUCUUUUUGGCUGCCGUUUUAUAAUUCAGAUAACCACAGUUUAAAUAAAUGUUUCUGAUGUGCAUAAUUUACCUGGUAGGUAGUGUCUGCCAACAGUAUUUAAACAUCUGUGCAGGAACUGGUAUUGUUAAAAAUGAUACUAACAGAGCCAUAAGUAACAGGGAUAAUAGACGUGACAAGUUUUAAUGUAUAUGUUUUAAUGCAAUUUUUAUAGAGAAAAAACUUUACUGCACACUAUAUAAUCACUUUUUUUGUACUUUUUGAUUUUAACCAUAAGUAUAUAACAUCGAUUUAAACAAGUAAUGAAGGGAGUUUGUCUGAACACUUGUUAGUUGUAACAUAACUUGAAAAAUCCCCCCACAUUGUAGUAUGCAUUGGUUCAAAGGGUGCUUCCUCAAACAAAUAUUUUAUCCUACAGUAAACAAGUCAUGCUGUUUGGCAGUUGGGCAUUCUGAAAUCCAUUCAACUGAAAUCACAUAAAGCUCUCUUAUAAUACAAAGCUUUAAUGGGGCAGUAUACCCAAUUUCAAUAUGAGUGCAUUGAAUAGGACUUGUGCUGGACAUAUAAUUGUACAUAUCAUUUUUGUUAUUCUUCGAGUGAAACAGGGAAACCUCAGCUACUCCAUGUUUGGUCCUGGCAAGGUAGAUAAUUAGGUUACAAGAGAAUAAAUAACCCCCAUUCAUAAUGUACUUCUGUUUAUCUGCGUAUAUACCUUGCAGGGACCAAAUGUGGAGUAGCUCCCUGUUUAUCUCAAGAAUAACAAAAACGUUAGAUUCUGCGAUUUAAAGAAUAGGUAGAAACUAUGUUCAACACAAGCCCUUCAUGUGAAAGGAAGGGGAUGGGUAGUAAUACCCCUUUUAACUCCUGCUAUUAAACUGCGACUUUUCAACUUUUGUGAGUUUAAUAAACUUUAAUAAAAUAUUUUGUCUCUAAA